AUGACCAAUCUCCACCCUGCUCGCCGCUCUCUCUUCCUCGGCUCCAAUGGAGCGCAGGCAGCAUCACGCCGCCUCCAUGGGUUCCCCUCCUCCCCACCGCGCCGCUGCCUCUCCCCCACGGUCGGAGCAGCGUACCGUCUCCGCGCAUCUUGUCAUUGCUGGGAGGAGCUGAGGACCACGACCCAGGCCACGGGUCAAAACCCUAGGCGCUGCCUCCCACUCCCGCAUCCUUCCAUGUCCUCGCCCGCGGCGCUCCCUCCGACGUCCCUCCCUCUCCUCCCUCAUGGCGCUCCCUCCCAGCCCCCUCUGAGGGUGCGGCUCAAGCGCGCGGGAGCAGGGCCGCCGGUGGAGCGCGGCUCAAGCGCGCGGGAGCAGGGCCACCGGUGGGGCGCGGCGCGAGCUCGCAGGAAGCAGCCCACGCUUCUCCAUGUCAUCUUCGUGAAAGCCUGCAGAUCUAAGAAAAAAGAGAAGGAAGAAUGCCGGGGGAGUUUUGUGAAGAAUAAGAACAAGGCCAAAGUCAAUUUCUCCGAGUCAUAUCUUAUUCGAUUAAAUUCUCAAGUGAUUGAACUAUAUGAAUUGUUGAUUUUCCUGAAAACUGUGUGUGUCGGUUUGAGGAAGAAGAGAAGAAAGAAGAAUCUGGGGGGAGUUUUCUGAAG